CAAAGGCCCCACAGUCCUCUGCUUCCUGAGGAGGCAGCAGCACAAAGCAGAGACACCGUCUCUCUUCUGGGUCCCAGCCAUGGCUGCCACAGCCUCGGCCUCCUGGUGCCACCCUGGGGGAAAGGACAAGGUGAUGUGGAAGGUGCUUGUCAUCAUGGCCCUGCUGCAGGCACAGCUCCCAGGAACAGAGGCACAGAGUUUUGGCCUGCUGGAUCCCAAACUGUGCUACCUGGUGGACGGAAUCCUUUUCAUCUAUGGCGUCAUUAUCACUGCCCUGUUCCUGAGAGCAAAGUUCGGCAGGAGCGCGGCCGCCCCCGCGAGCCAGCAGGGCGCCAACCAGCUCUACAACGAGCUCAAUCUGGGAGGAAGACAGGAGUAUGAAGUUUUGGAUAAGAGACGAGGCCUGGAUCCCGAGAUGGGAGGAAAACAGCAGAGGAGGAGGAAUCCUCCGGAAGUCGUGUACAAUGCACUGCAAAAAGACAAGAUGGCGGAGGCCUACAGUGAGAUUGGGAUAAAAGGCGACAACCAGCGGCGGAGAGGGAAGGGGCAUGAUGGCCUCUACCAGGGGCUCAGCACGGCCACCAAGGACACCUAUGAUGCCCUCCACAUGCAGACCCUGCCCCCUCGCUAAGAGCACCGGGCAUUUCGCCAAUCACAGGCCAGACCUGAAGACACCCAGAUUGUGAAAGACACAGGAUAAAGCGUUUAUAACCCA